AUGAAGCGUCAACCCCGCAAGCUGAAGUGGACCAAGACCAGCAGAGCCGCAAAUGGAAAGGAAAUGAUUGUCGAUUCGUCCCUUGUCCUAUCUCAGUUCGCCAAGAAGAGGAACGCCCCCGUCAAGUACGAUCGAAACCUCGUGGCCGCUACCGUCAAGGCUAUGGAGAGAGUAGAGGAGAUCCGUCAACGCAGAGAGCGUGCUUUCACGAAGCGCAGGCUGGCCGGCAAGCUCGCUCGGGACCGCAAGCGCGAGGAAGAUCGGAAGGUUGUUGCAGAGGGCGAACACCUUAUUCGCAAGGAGCUGCGCAACAGAGAGGAAGGAAUGCCCUUGGUAUCCGAGCCCGCCAAGAUCCACAACGAGGGGAUGCCCAGGCAGAAGAAGAAGACCAGAAUUCUGGUCGAUGGCACAACUCAGGAGGAAAUGGACGUCGAUUAA